AUGGGUCGAAUCUCUGGAGUCGAAUCCAGUGCAUCAUGCACUUACAACAAGAUCGUCUACAACUUGAAACCAAGCGUCAAGCACAUGCGAACAUUCGGAUGUCAGACGUACAUACUGACGCCUAAAGAGAAUCGACUCAAGUGGGAUCCAAAGGCUUGCGCUGGCAUAUUCGUGGGCUACGAAGAAGUUUCGAAGGCGUAUCGUGUUUAUGACAUCGAGGCUGGGCAGGUGGUUAUCAGCCGCGAUGUCAACUUCGACGAGUCCACCUUUGGACUUCAACUGCCGAUCACUGAUGAAGAUGUCGAUGACCUGGACUUCGAAUUGCUGGAUCUUGAUGACGAAGAGCUGCGUCAAAUGGAGUACAAGCAAACAGGCAAGCGCAAGAACCGACUCAAUGAUGAAGAUACAGCAGCUCCACGACCGCGUGCAGUGCGUCAACGACCAGGACUUGAAGAGUCAAGCGCGCCGGAAAACAACUCGUCACGCCAAGAAGAAGACGAUGAAACGAAGGAUUCUGGUGAUUCAAUACCGCCUGUGUUUUGGCGUGCGAGUGCAAAUGCCGUUGAAGCAGCAGUGGACUUAUCAGAGCCCUCAACAUUUGAAGCAGCAGUAAGCGGCCCUGACCAAGUGCACUGGAGAAAAGCAAUUCAUGCAGAGAUCGAGUCAAUGCGACUUCGCGGUGUGUUUCGUGCAGCCAAGCUGCCCAACGGACAACGCGCCAUGGGCACAAAAUGGGUGUUCAAGAUCAAGCGCAAGGCGGAUGGGUCAAUCGAGAAGUACAAGGCACGACUUGUGGCCAAGGGUUUCCGCCAAAAGCAUGGCAUCGACUACACGGAGACGUUUUCGCCUGUGGUCAAGUAUGUGACGCUGCGAAUGGUGAUCGCAAUUUCCAAGCAUUUUGGAUGGCCCAUCGACCAGCUUGAUGUGGUGACAGCUUUCCUGUAUGGCGUCAUGAAGGAACAAGUGUUCUGCGUGAUUCCUGAAGGCUUCGAACUUGACAGUACGUUCGACUGCCUGGAAUUGGUAAAGUCAAUUUACGGCCUCAAGCAAGCUUCGCGAGUGUGGAACGAGACGUUCGACGAGUAUGUGUGCUCCAUCGGAUUUCAAGUAUCGGACUUCGACCCAUGUCUCUACAUCACGACAUCGGACGGCCAUUGCGUGUUUAUACUGGUCUACGUGGACGACGUCUUGGUGACUGGAAGCUCGCUCGAGCUGAUUGCACAAACCAAGAACGACCUGAAGACGCGGUUCGAAAUGACGGACAGCGGCAAGUGUGCGUUUGUUCUUGGGAUCGAGCUUUUGGACGGUGAAGAUGGCAGUGUGACACUAUGUCAGCGUCGGUAUGUCGAUGAUAUCCUCAAGCGCUUUGGCAUGGAUGAUUGCAAGGCAGUCGCAAGUCCAGUCGACAUGAGCUCUCGACUUGUUUCAAGUGAUGCAACUACCAAGGUCGAUGCUCCUUUUCGCGAAGCUGUUGGUGCGUUGAUGCACCUGACCACUGCAACGCGUCCGGACAUUGCGUUUGCUGUGGGCUAUGUGUCGCGGUUCAUGGAAAAUCCCCAAGAAGAAGAACACUGGGUUGCAGUUAAGCGUAUCUUUCGCUACCUACAAGGCACCAAGACGCAUGGAAUUUGCUACAAGCCAAGUGCAAGGAUCGACUUCCGUGGAUAUUCGGAUGCGGAUUGGGCUGGUGAUCUUACCGACCGCAAGUCAACAUCGGGGUACACGUUCAUGCUACUCGGUGCGCCAGUAAGUUGGGGCAGCAAGAAGCAGCCAAGUGUUUCGUUGUCCACGACUGAAGCUGAAUACAUCGCACUCAGCUUGGCGAUUCAAGAGGGCAAGUGGAUUCAUCGUCUGCUUUGUGAGAUCGUGAUAGCUGCCAAUGAAGAAGGACCGGAACUCAUGAUUCAUGAAGACAAUCAGUCAUGUAUCAAGAUGACGAAGAACCCGGUCAACCACGGCCGUGCCAAGCACAUUGAUAUCAAGUACCAUCACAUCCGUGAUGAGGUCAAGCACGGUGAAGUGAAGUGCUCAAGUAUUGUGAAACUGCGGUGA